UCUCUCUCUCUCUCUCUCUCUCUCGGGGGCGUGUCUCAGCGCGCACGCAGGCUACCAGCACUUCUUCCUGAAUAAAAAAACUGACUGAUAAAUAAAUAAAAAAUAAAUAAAGGAUUAAAACUAAAGAUAAAAGAACCGGAAGAGGAGCGGAAACGUCUCGUGCGCGGUGAGGUGUCUGCAGACAGAGAAACUUUUCGAUGAACUGCACCAGGGUCCUCCACAUCCUGAACCCUCGUCCUGGCGGGCUGUCUCCCAUCAUGCCCGUUGACAUGGCGAUGAGGAUCUGCCUGGCCAGCUCUCCCCCUCUGCACACCUUGCUCAGUAACUACGACAACGCUCAGCUGCGACCGCGCUGUGAGCCGCUGCGACCCUGCCUGACCUCCAAGCGCUGCGACGACUGCAACAACGGCAUCACCACGGCGACCACGGUCUCGACCACCGCGGCGAUGAGCUCGGAGACGGACGGCCGCCCGACCUGGCCGAGCAAGAAGAAGAAAAAGAAGAGCGUGGUGUUCGCCGACUCCCGGGGCCUCGCUCUCACCGCCGUCCACGUCUUCAACGAGUUCGAGGAAGACCUGCUCACUGAGCUGCAGUACCACCUGACUGAGAUAGAGGGCGCCACCGCCGAACUGCGACUAGGAGACGACAAAGGUCGUGGCCCCGCCCUCCUUCUAGAGUUCACUCAGCCCGCCGCAGACUACCUGGACCUGAGGAACCGGCUCAAAGCCCAGCAGGUGUGUCUGGAGACCUGCUCGGUGCAGGACCGCCUGCUUUCAGGUACGGUUCAGGUGCGAAACAUCUGCUUCGACAAGUCCGUCGCGGUGCGGAUCACGUUCGACUCGUGGCGCUCCUUCCAGGAUGUUCCCGGCGUCUACAUGAACAACGUGUACGGCUGCCCCGACACCAACACCUUCUCCUUCUCCGUCCUGGUCCCCGAGAGCCUGGGGCCCUCGCACAGGGUUGAAUUCUGUGUUCAGUACCGGACGCCCGAGCAGACCUUCUGGGACAACAACGACGGCGACAACUACAGGCUGAGCGUGGCCGACCCGGACAGAAACUCCGCCCACUGCGGCGCCGAAAGCCUCGCUGGGCUGAGCAUCCAGAGAGACCGGGCCGGGGAGAAGAAGGAGGGGGUGGAGUUUGAUCCGUUUGGGAGUCCGAGGACCUCUUCGGGGAUCUUUCCUGAGUGGCAGAGCUGGGUCCGCGGUGAGACCAGCUCCCCCUACUGGUGAGACCAACACGGGACAUGUUCUCAUGUUGGUUUUGUUUUCCCGAGUUUUUAAAGACUUACAUCGCCCCUCACACGUUCUGUCCUCCAGAGUUUAUCCAGGUGUGUCAGUCUUGUAAACAACAGAUUCUCACCUGAGCCCCCCUUCAGAGUCUUUAUGAAUCCUUCAGAGUCGGAGAAUCAAAAGUCUUCAGAUCAAAGCCGAGGAGGUCAAACAGUCUCAGUCCAACAGUCGCCUGAAUCUGACACUUUAAUCUCCCAGGAUCCAACACUGGGCCCAAACUGAUCCACCUGCUGCACACUGGGUCACCUCACUGCCAUCAAGGAGUCAAACCCGGGCUACAAGUCCUGGGUUCAGACACAGACUCAGCUGGAUACCUGGGGUGGGCUCGUGGGAAUUUUUAAAAAAUGUGACAAAGGGAUGUUUAUAGUGAGUUUCACUUCUAAAUAUGCUGGACUGCGAGUGAAACUGAUCAGAAGAGACUCCUGUGUCAAAAGGACCUUACAGGAUCCAAAAGAUCUGGACUCUUUGAAGUGAUCCACUCGAUCCCAAAGGAUUUAAAAGUCUCACCCAGAUUCACAAGUAGAUUGUUCAGACUUCCCAAAGACCAUCAUGGGUUUCUGUAUUCCUGUCCCUAAAAGACGGUCCUGAUCCUGAACCAGCUCUCAGAGAAGUCAACAUGGACGAGUUUAAGUCUUCAAUCACCAGCUCCAAACUUUCAAGACAUCAGCGAGAUAUUCAGUGCAACAAAUCAGCAGAGACGCUGUACUUUACGCUCCCAGUACUGAAUCCACCUUUAUGCUAGUUAAGGGCAGCUAACAGCCGGUUAGCCGUUAGCCUUAUGUGUAUGUGUACACCUCACACCUCUGUUUGUGCAUGAGCAUGUUGUUUAAAGUCACACUGCCAACUACUGGCCUGGCAUAUGUACUACAGUGUUUUUUAGUCAUUUUUUUUGUGAUCCCUAUGCAUGCCGGUCUUCAUCAAAACAUCUUCUGAUUGCUGAACUUUUGGGAAAAUGCAAGCGAGGCCUCAAUGUGAGACUAAAUGUAAAUCUGCACUUUACUACACGAUGUCCCUUGACCUUUAGCGUCUGCUGUUAUUGGGAAAGCGACAGACGUUCAGGCUUUCACCUUCACUGUUAAACAUGGUGGUUUAACCCGGGGUACAACAGGGACAUUUAACGGGAACAUUACAGUUCUGAUAACCUCAUGACCAAAAACCAGAACAUCAUCUGUCAAACUGAAAACAGAGCUGUAGUCAGGCUCCUUUUCUGUUGGUGAUAAUCCGAACUCGUCUCAGAUUUUUGGGAGUUUCUUCUCAGAUUUUUCCCUGAGCCUCUUUAAGCUAAAACACUCCGUACUUCUCAAAGUGUCCUCACAUUGGUGACAUUUUAAAUCUUCAGGUUUAUAACGGUGUUCUGAACUUGUCUUGCUCUGACCCGCAGGUCAAAAAGAAGCUCAAAAAGAGAAAAGCAAAAGAGCACUCGCAGGGAACGAGUUCUUUACUCUGAAAAAGCUAACGAGUUGUUCCUCUGAAAUGAUUUUUUGGCCACACCCUGUGCUCUGAUUGGCUUGCGGUUGGUUUUCUCGUAUUGCCCCCCCGAACAAACAACAUCAAUCGUCUGCUGAUAUGCAUCGACAAUCCAACCGAUUGUGUCUUUGAAAAUGUUUACCAAUAGAUUGUCCUUUAUGAGAGAAGAGCUGAUUCAUCCUCUGUGAUUAUUCUGUUUUCUUCCUGUUAGCAUCCGGGUCGUCACUGUACCAGAAGUUCAAACUUUAAUAUAAUUCAAGUAGCGUCAAACUUUCGAUAUCUGUUUGAUACCAUGGUCGUAGAUCCCCAGUAUUUGGUAAUUUCCUGUUUUUAAAGAUCAAAGUUGCAGGCAAAUGUCUGCACACUGUCGAAAUUGCAAAAAAGCGUUGAUUAUGUUUGUAUUUGUGUCAAACACUGUAAAAAUUGCACAAAAACAUUGGCAACAUUGGGAAUUGUGUUAAGAAGGUCUAAAUUGGGCAAAAACUUUGGCAGCGCUGACAUUUUUGUGCCAAAAAACGUUUUAAAUUGUACGUAAACAUCGGGAAUGUUGGGAUUUGUGAGUCAAACACCGUCUAUAUUGCACAAAACCUUCGAGGCGUUGGGAUUUUUUUGCCGAAAAAUUUCUAAAUUGCAGGUAAACAUUGGCAAUGUUGGGAUUUGUGGGUCAAACGAUGUCUAAAUUGCACAAAGACAUCGGGGAAAUGUGAGUCAGACUGCACAAACUGACAGUCCAAUGCACAAAUCUCAACGUUGCCAAUUCAACCUUUGAUGGACCCAAUCUUCUCUCACACCCGACUUAUGAAAUAGACGAGUCUUUUAAAGUUUUGGUACUUUCAGAUACUGUCGAUCGUUUAAAUAACAACGUAUUGAACGACUUAUUUUAGCGUGAAACACUGAGCACGUGACUGAGGUUUAGAGGUAGAACAGAAAGUAUUCUAUCGCCGUUGUAACGGGUAAUUCCUGGAUGUUGCUAUGCAUUAAGUGUCAUACUGUGGUUGUGUUGUCAUGGUAACUGCUGUAGAUGGUAAAGAUCCACCUGUGCUAUUCAUACCCAGCAGUUUUGAAAUCUGUUUACUGUAAAUACACAGCUCGGUGUGUGAUCAUUACAUCACUUCCUGUUAUCCUCGUUGCUGUUUGGAAACACGUAACCAUGGUUACUUGUAGCAACUACAACAUGUCCACAUACCUAGCAACAAUGGAGGAUGUGGGCACUGCCAGUGCGAAGAGCGUUGGACACGUGUCUUUACUCUUUAAUGAGUGCCCCUCCCCCCCACCACCGUUGUAUCUCAUGUUGUUGUCACUGCUGCAGUGCAUUCUGGGAAGUGUAUGCUGUAGUAUCGUUGUGUUCAUAGUUUCACUUCACAUGUCAGUGUUUUCUUUCUGUCUUUGUUGUUAACUUUAAAAACCUCAUGCUAAUUCAGCGUUUUUUAAAAAUCACCUUAUUUUUUAAAUUUCAGACACAGCGUUGCACUUCCUGUUAGCUCCUGUAGCCCUUCCAGUUUAAAAGCCUUUACUAACCUAAGAAACUCUUCCAGUGCUCUUACCUUGUUGCUGCUACUGUGUGUGUGUGUGUGUGUGUGUGUGUGUGUGUUUUGUAAAUCAUGAGACAGGAAGUGUUGAAGUCUGAAGGUUAUUGAAAGUGUUUGAAAAGGACUGUUUUGUUUUUUUAAAGUUUUGGUCGACGUCUGAUGAAAGCAGCCUGUGGCCAUUUGGUUGGAAAUGAAUUAAAAGUAUUUUUUCAGACCUUACCUGAAAAGGAUAUUUAAGCUGGCCACAGGUUAGCUCGUGCUAAUCUAGCAGUAAAGUUUAAUGGCAUUGUAUCUGUAGCAUGCUGCUAGCUUUAGCAGCUGUACUGUAGCAAGGCUGUAUAAUGUGCAAUGUAACGAUGAUGUCAUGAUGAUGUCAUAAUGUUCUAUUGAAACAGGAAAUGAUGCAAGAAAGUGAAUGACUUUUCCUUUUGUCUCUUUAAAAAUAAAAUAAAGUCUAAUGUUUAAA